GGUGAUUAGGCCUUUUCAUUGGAGAUCGACAAACUGCCGGUAGUGUGUGGCCGGAUGAGCAGGUCGUUUUCAGACUGGAAGGAGGGAGCGUUUGGAGUACCCCGGAGAUCAGUCCCUGACCACAGUUGUUCACAGUUUAAUGGCCUGGCGGAGGCAGCGAGAUCCCAAUCACUCCGUUCACCAGCACUUGAAUGCCUCCGAUCCUUGAAUAUGGAGGCAGAGACGCUGGAGCAGACAGCGCCCCACUCGCUCCAAGGAGAGCCCGAUCACGUGUCCAUUUCCAUGAUCUGAUUGGCUACAUUGUCAUGGCGUUGAUAGCAGUGAGACGUCAUUCACUGGCUCUCAUUUUGAAAGGGAUUCAGGGGGACAUCGCAGAUACACCACCGGCGUCGCACUGGGAAGCGGCCGUUCACUUGCUCCGUGUGUGCGAAGAUAUUCGUUCAGUUAACCCAUCUUGAUGCUUCGAAACGCGGAACGUUUGCUGAUUGUGGUGAACUACAUAUACCUGUCUGGACACGCCCCCUGCUGACUGCUUCUGUGGCUCCUCCCACAGACCCCUGUAUAAAGGCGAUCAAGGUCUGAGCCCGGCCUCUCAGUCUCCAGGAUGUAGUAUGGUGGUCACUCACCGAUAUCUCUCCUUACGUCUCAGAGUGAGUUAUUGAGGGUGCAUCACUGAUAUUAAGUGCAUUGUUUCUGAGAAGCUGCUUUCUGCGUUAAAAGAGCUGCUGAGUUUUCUACACAAAAACAAAACUGAGAUCUGGAUAUGCAACUGAUGCUUGCAGAGACUUUUAGUGGCACUGUGAUUACCGUGAAAGCUCUGCCUUACAAUUCAGGCGUCACGGUUGCGGAUGUCCCGAAUAUCGCGCAUGCGCGCAGUACACAAAAGGCCUUGGAGGAUCGAUAAAAAGGUUAAAAAUGACAGGGGACUUGGCUAUGGGAAUCUUGAACACAACACACCAGUUUUGUUGUCUCUGUCCAGAUAUUUAAGAAGUGGAGCAAGGGAUUCACUCGAUCAUCCUUCCUGCUCAGACUGUGGGGAGGGAUUUGCUCAAUCAUCUGAUUGACUGGCAUGCCCAUCAUCUUACACAGAGGGGAACUCAUUCAUCAGCUCAGACAGUGGGAAUGGAUUCACUUGAUCAUCACUACUGAAGGUACAUCAGCAAGUUCACACUCGGACAAGUCCAUUCACCUGUUCUGUGUGUGAGAAGGGAUUCAGACGGUCUUCACACCUGUGGACACACCAGUUAGUUCACAUUGGGAAGAGGCUGGUCGCGUGCUGAAUUUGUGGGGAAGGAUUCACUUGGUCAUCUGACCUAAUGGCUCACCAGCGACUUCUCACCAGGGAGCGGCCGUUCACCUGCUCAGAAUGUGGGAAGGGAGUCACUUGCUCAUCUAAACUGAAGGUACAUCAGAGAGUUCACAGUGGAGAGAGGCCAUUCUUCCGCUCAGACUGUGGGAAGGGAUUCGCUCGGCCAUCUCAAGUGAAGGUACAUCAAAGAGUUCACACUGGAGAUAGGCCAUUCACUUGCUCAGACUGUGGGAAGGGAUUCACUCAGUUAUCCAUCCUAAUUGCUCACCAGCGAGUUCACACAGGGGAGAGGCCAUUCACCUGCUCGGCAUGUGGGAAGGGAUUCACUCGGUCAUAUAAACUGAAAGUACAUCAGCGAGUUCACACCGGGGAGAAUUCAUUCUCCUGCACAGAGUGUGGGCAAGGGUUCUCUCAGUCAUCCCAACUAGAAGCGCACCUGUCAGUUCACACUGGGGAGAGACCAUACAUCUGCUUAGACUGUGGGAGGGGAUUCGCUUCAUCAUCUCAACUACAGAGACACCAGUGAGUUCACACUGAGUAGAGGUCUUUCUCCUGCUGUGACUGUGGAAAGUGAUUCACUCAGUCAUCUAACUUUAUGUAACUCUCAAAUCGCCUAGCAGCUUAAUAUAGGGGGUGUUCGCCCCACCCAUCCCCCAGCCUGGCCAAACUUAAGAAAUCUUGUUUGGGUGGAUGCCGUGCAAUGUGUCCCCUGUUACAGAUCAGUACCCUGAAAUAACAAACAGUACACAUUAUGUCAUUAAAGGACUGAGCUCUAUAAUUCUUACUUUGACUAUAGGGUUAGUAAAGAAAAAAUAGUGCCCAUUUUCUCCAUUUGUGUCUUCUCAUCUGUCCCGGCAAGCGACCGUGAAAAUCUCUCUUCCAGACUCAAAUAAAGAACAUUUCUCUCAUUGGAUAGCACUGCACCCCAAAACCCUGUUAUCUCUGCUACAGAGAAACCAUUACCUCAGCAGUGAAACAUUACAGCAUGUUACACUUGUGACAGACUACCGGGUUCACACUGGGGAGAAAGUUUCAAUAAGCUGCAUGCUGGAUAUUUGUCCGUCAGUGUUGCUGAAUGCAAUUUCGAGAGUGACUGUCAGUGCUGAACUCAGCAAUUAUUGCUGCUAUUCACCACACCCAGUUCUGGGCAGAGUUCCUUCUGCUGCAAAUUCACCUUUAAUGGGACUGGAUCUGUGACAAAUAAAUCAGUUCUAUUUUAAACUGUCUCCGGUACUUAGUGAAUUUAUAACACACCUAGUGUACAGUAGAGAGUUAACUCAUGCCGGCUGGACCCUGCCAGUGAUACUGAUUACAACAGUCCUUUUAAAUCCUUCCCUGUUGUUCAUCUCUCACUCUCCCUGUGGGAGGGGUUCCAGUCACCACUCUGUGAGUGAAGAGGUUUCCCUUGAAUUUUCUGCAGACUGAAGAAUUCGAGCUGACUGCAGUUCUGUCUGAGAUGUUCUUCACCCCUCAAAUCUCUGGGCUGAGGAAGAAUGACAUUGGUUGUUAACCUCCCUAUACAGGGCUCAUUUCCAUAUUAUGGGUCAUUUUUCCUGCUUCUAAAGGGUUGUCAGAAAACACCACUGUCCUCUGGAGACUGAAAGCAGAAUGGGAAACCAUCAGCUGGAUGUUCAAUGGAGCAGGGUCAGAAACCAGAGGCAGGUCUGCACAGUGCAGAGUUUGAGGCUCUGGACGGUGGUUGGGGUAAGAACGUAUGAUGAGGAGAAGGGAAUCAGUAGUGAGGCAUGGCAAUGAAUGACAGAGUAGCAACAUUUGGAAGCUAACUGGCAGAAAAUAAUUUGGUUAUCUGACUGAUGACACAGACAAUGCCUGUUGAAAGGUGCUGCAAUGGCCGAGGAACGUGUGUGAGUUGGGAAUGCUUUUGUCUAUUGAGGGAGUUGUUCCUGCUUGCUUAUCCUGUAAUAUUAUAUCUGUAUGGUUAUUAUAGAUUGUUCUAUCUGAUAUAAUGUAUUGAUUAUCAUAUAAUUUUUAAGAUUUUGACUCUUAAAGCGGAUCAGGCUUGAACUUACGGUGCCUCGAUGAAGUGAUGGAGGGCACUCAUGUGUUUGUAUUUUAAAGCAAGAUUUUGGUGAAUCAUAUUUGCCACUGAUUGUACCUUUGUAAGUAAUCAGAUUGAGUUAAACUGCUGCAGGGUCCUGAAAUGUGUUGGAUUGUGUUUGAUUUCUCUUGGCAUUUUCUGCACAGAGAGACAGACAGACAUACUUUAUUGAUCGCGAGGGAAAUUGGGUUUCGUUACAGCAACACCUACCAAGAAUAGUGUAGAAAUUACUGCCUUAUUGUUUGUAUUUCAUGUACUUUCGGUUUUUCUUUCCUUAUGUUAACCACAUUGAUGUGUAUUUCUGCAAGGAACCCCUUGUCAAGUGAUUUUUGACAGGUCAUGACCAUUGCAUCUGUUAUCUCUUCAGCAACCUCUCUUAGGUGUUAUGAAUCCCUAGGUUUCGUUUGCUGUGGACUGUCACUUUAAGAAAGUUCCUGAGUGAGGCGGGACUAACAGUGACGUCAGCCGGCAGCUUUCUCAGCUGAGAGAGAAAGAGAGAGCGAGAUAGAGAUUUAGAGAGAGCGAUAUAUACAGAUAGAUAUGAGACACAAACACACACACACACACACACACACACACACACACACACACACACACACACACACACAC